AUGGAAAUUGUGGGACAGUUGCAGAAACAAUAUGUUGAUUUCAUAACUUCUCUGUUUCGUGAGGCAUAUUUGGAUGAUCAGUAUGUUCAGCUGCAGAAAUUACAAGAUGACAGCAACCCAGAAUUUGUGGUUGAAGUGGUUUCAAUUUUCUUUGAAGAUUCUGAAAAACUUCUGAAUGAUUUGGCUUCUUCUCUUCAACAGCAGGUUGUAGAUUUUAAGAAGGUUGAUGGCUAUGUCCACCAGUUCAAGGGUAGCAGCUCCAGUGUAGGUGCACAAAGAGUGAAGAAUGCAUGUGUUGAUUUUAAAAACUUUUGUGAGGAGAAGAAUCUUGACGGGUGCUUGAGAUUUCUCAACUUGGUAAAACAAGAAUUCUAUCUUGUGAAGAACAAGCUGGAAACUUUGUUAAGGCUGGAGCAGCAAAUCUUGCAAGCCGGAGGGAUGGUUCCCCCGCUAGAAUAA